AUGGACAAUGAUAGUUUAAAACAACAACGAAACUCUUUAAAAUCAACUCAAACAAAAGUAACUACUAUUGAUGGAAAAAUUCACUUUGAAAAAAGUGGUAAAAUAAUUGGAGGUAGUCAACAACAAACAUUUGGUUUUGUAGUUGAUAAAUCACCUGAUACUAUUGCAAAUGAGAUUAUCUCAAAUUUAUAUCUUGGAAGUCAAGAUUGUGUAACAAAUAAGGUAUAUUUACAUUCUCUUGGAAUUAAACAUAUUUUAUGUGUUGCUCCAUUAAUCCCUUCUCUAUUUCCCAAUGAAUUUGAUUAUAAAAAUAUUGAAUUAUUAGAUUUACCUUCAUUUAAUAUCAAACCAUUAAUGAAUAAAUGUAUUGAUUUUAUUGAUAUAUGUUUGAACCAACAAGAAUCAGUUAUUUGCCAUUGUAAUGCUGGUAUUUCGAGAAGUGCAACAGUUGUUAUUGGGUAUUUGAUUUUGAAAAAGAAAAUGAGUUUUACUGAGGCUUAUAAUUUAGUAAAACAAAAAAGACCAUCAAUAAGACCUAAUGAUGGAUUUCUUCUUUAUUUAAAAAUGCUUAGCCAACAAAACAUAAUAAAAAAAGGAUAA